AGAAUGGCAUUCCCUGAAGUUCUUUGUGGGAAACUGAUGGAAGAUAAUCAAAGUACAUCUUUGAAUGCAGACAAGAGCUUUACUAGUGAUGACAAGAGCUUUUCUGCCAACUCUUCAUUUGGAAAUUCACCUUUAUUGGAUAAAGAAAAGCUUAUGAGAUAUAGUGUUAGUUCUCGAGAUGAAUUUUGGGAUGCUCUUAGUACCAACUAUGACUUCUUGAUGGACGAUGGUCUGAUUGCUACAUGUCGAGAAGCCAGUAGUGAUCUAUCCUUGGAUGAUGAACAUGAAAUGCCUGAAACCUGUUGCUGGAGUUUUAAUCAGUUCAUGGAGCAAUUCAAGUGGUUGCAUGAUUUGUUGCAUAACUUGCAAGUUGCAAAAAAAGGAGAUAAAAGCAAGAAAAUUUUGGAAGAAGAACAGAAAAUUGCAUACCUUUACAAGUUGUUUAAUGAACAAGCUCAGAAGUUGAGUGAGAAAUAUCCAGAUAUGAGAGAUGAUGUUCAUCGACAUUUGAAUCUCUUGAAUAACAAGUGGAAAGCAGUGGAGCAAUCCAUUUAUCCCAAUAAAGUGAAAACUCCAUCAAAGGAUUGUGUAUUUGAAGAAAUUGCUAACCGCAUGAGAAACUUACGUAAAUGGUUGAGAGAAGUUGAGGAUAGGCUGUGUCCUGUUAACUUGUCAUGCAAUUGGACUUUUGAAAAAAUAGAAGAGAGAAUGACUGAACAAGAAUCUUUUCAGAAAGAAAUAGAAGCCAAAGGAAAAUAUGUUUCAUCACUAUUAAAACUGUGUGAACAUUUGAAAGGAAAUGUUCGGUUUGGACAAAAUUCCUUGAUGGUUUGGGAUGCAGAACGUGUUAGGAGAGUUGCUGAAAAUCUUGAACACAGAUGGCAUUCUAUAUGGUUAAAAUCAAUAGAAUGUCAUUGCAUAUUGGAGCAGCUGAUAGAAAACUCAAAAUCAGGUGCUGAAAAACUGGACAAAAGCUUUAGUGAGGAGCCCCUGAAAAAAUAUCCAAGACUGAGUGAGCACUGUGAUGAAAUCGCGCUGUUAGAAAAUGAACUGAGAAGCAAAAUGAGUUACAAAUGUGAUAAUGUGCUUGUUGAUGACUGCCUUGAUGAAUUGGAUCACGAACUGCAAGUUGAUGUUCUUUUGCAAACAGAGGAGCUUACUCCCAAAAAUGACAAAGCUGUCAUGGUUGGAGAUACUGGUAUUACCAAACUGAAAGCUGAAAGCCAAGGUGGAACUAAAAAAUUUGAAAUUGUUCAGGAUGUUGGCUACUCUAGUGAGACUUCUGCACAUUUUUCUAAUGAUGAAAAAUUAGAUAACUGUGAGAUUCCGAUGGUAGAAAGCAUAACGAAAGUUUUUGACAAAUCUUCACCUAGUGCCACAAAUUUACAAAAAUUUUACCUUGCACCAGAUAAAUAUCCAUCUGUGAGUUUGAAAGCUUUACAUUUCUUGUCUGAAGAAAAGCCUUUUUAUCAUUCUAGUUUAAAUAAAACUGUCCCUGACUCAUUUUAUAAAGUAACAUCAGUUGAUGAUGAAUUGCUUGAAGAAUUAACAAACUUUGAUGAAGCCACAGCAUCAAACAGCAUUGUAAAACAAUUGAGCUUCAGUCCCAUUAGUCAGAAAACAUUACUUGAUGGAAAAGACAUCAAAGACUUAGCCUCUAUUAGUAACUAUAACUCAAAAGAUAGUCAAGUUGUUGAUAAAGAUAUAAAUGAUAAAUGUCUUGGGUUAACUGAGAGUUUAAAUGUACAAAACGAUCUUUCCUCUCCCAGCUCAACUUUAAAAAAGAACAAAAAAUUAUCCAAAGUGCCUAAAAGUAACAUAUCUCACAAAUCAAAUCAUCAUAAUGAAAAAAGAUCCCAAGUCCAAGCUUGGCUGAAUACGUGCCAUUCAACUGAUGAGUGUGUUUCAGAUGAUAAUUUAGGAAAAGAGGAAAAAUCUUUUAAAGAUGACGCAUCGACUAAAACUGUUGAUAGCUCUUGUGAUGCAAGUGGCGAAUACACAACUACUGAAUCAGACAGUGAAAAAUCGAAUGCUUCAGAUGUUAAUAAUAGUGUUACUCUGUCACAGUCUUUCACAGGUUCAAUUGAGACUGUCAUACCAUCUAUGCCUGAGAGUAAGGUUGAAUUAAAUGAAAAAACUGGUACUAUUGAGACACCUUCUUCAGUUCGUUUAAGAAAGAAAAAAAGAACUAACCGAGAUAGACCUUGGAGUGUUACAGAUGUUCAUCAAACUUUUACUUCUUCUCCAGCAGUACCACAUUCUACAUCGGAAAGUGCCCUAGAUUUGUUGUACAAUGCCCAAGAUUCCAGAAAGAUAGUGUAUGUAUCAUUUAUACUCUCAGAGAACAAGCGCUUAUCUCUUACCAAUAUCCAUUUGCUUAACUGUCCGUCCAUAAAAUCAAGUAAAUAUAAUCAAAAUUCUACAAAAAGCUCAAAUCAUCGCACAAGUUCAGGGUCUGAAAAAACUUCCAGAAAGAAGAAAUCCUCUAGUGCUCGCAGUUCUGACAACAAUGAUUGUUCAUAUGCUAAGCCAGACUCUUUUAAGACUAUUGAAGUUAACAGUGACUUGAAGUCGAAGGAAAUUUUGCCAGGCACUUCGAAAUGUGCUAACAGUCAAGAAUCUGUGCUUGCUAAAAUUAGUGUUUUAGAAAGAUCUUUAUCAACAGCUGCUAGGAAUGGAUCUGUUCUUAAUUCUGAAGAUCAUGGCUCUGUUUCAGACCAGGCAUGGGACGAAUAUCAAGAUCCACCAUAUUUGAGUGAGCCAUAUUCUGAGCAAACUGCAGAUGAGGAUGAAGUGAAAAGACUUACAAGCUUUGGCGAUGAUUAUAGAGCUAUUCUUGGUAGCUAUUCAGAUGCUUCUUCUAGCAGCAUUAGGUUGCCUAAAAGUCACAAGUCUCGCACUAAAACUUUUUACAAAUCUGGCAGUGAAGAAAGGUAUGACUCUGUAAUGUCAGAUUCAGAGUCAGAAGAUAUGACUGAUAUAAUAAAUUUUAGCAAUAGAGCUCUUCAGUAUGUUAAAAAUAGUUUGAAAGAAAGUAGCGCAAAGUUAUCAGAAUGUUCAACUGAAUAUGUAGAGCCAAUGUGGACUUGCCAAACUUGUUUGAAAGAUUUGAAUGCUGUUCACGAGAAGCUUAUUGGAGGAUGUGAGCUGGAAUCGCUAACACACAAAAAUUUACAAAGACUACAAGAUUUAAUAAAGGAGUUUGAAAAGUGUCAAGUAAAAUUGUCAAACCUCUCUCACAAUGAAUCUGAGCCAAAAAUCAAUAAUGGAGACCUUGCAUCUUCAUUAUUAGAUAUUCAUUGUACGUUAGAGAAACUAAAAGAUGAGCUCAAUGCAAUGAAAAUUAAUGCAAACAAUGCUGGUCAGUCUGCUUUAUCUCUGAAGCACUUGAAAAUAAACAUUCAAAAAUUGCGGGAUAAUCUAUCAGAUUUGCCAGAAAUGAAAGCUGAUGUACUCUCUGUUAGUGCCAGAAUAUUAAGACUUACAUCUGAAGGAGGAAGCCAUGUCAUUGCACCUCUUAGAGAUAGUGUCACCAAAUUGUAUCAAGAAUGUGAAGAUGUAUAUGAGUUGAAUUGCUCUCAUCUGACCAAGCUUCUUAAUCUGGAAUCCAAUUGGCAUGAAUCAGUUGAAGAUGAAGUUGGUAAUCAGUCUGAAACAACGGUGCAAUGGCAGCCAGUGCAAGUUGGUGAUAGCCUGCCAAAACCAAAAGUGAUAGCUGAGGAUUUCCAUCAGAACACAGCAGCAGAAGUGUUGGUUGCUGAUCAAUAUGAUAUUUUAAUGGACAUACAAAACAGUUCCUCUCAAGAAGCAGUUCAGUGCUGUGUUGUGGAAAGUACAAGUGAAAACUUAAAAGAAUCUGUGUUACUUUCAAAUCCUCCUAUCAUGAAAGAUGGUGACAGAAACGAUGCAAAGUCUGCAGAACAGAAGGUGUGUACAAAAGAACGAUCUUGCUUCUGGCGUGCACUUAGAACUGCAUUUCCAAUACAAUGUGCUUUGGUUAUUCUGUAUUGUAUGUCAUGUUACAUGGAACCUAACUGCUGUGAGAACAUGAACAAUUUUGAGUUCUCUGUUUUGCCACAAUUAAGAUACUUGAGAGGUCCACCUCCAGUGUAGAAGUGUCAGCACAAUCUCUUUUGUCAUGACAUU